UCUAUCUCUCUCCUCACUCACUCUCUCUCACUAUGUCUCAGUCUCACGUUUCAAAACCUCUCUUCUUUACCAUAACUCUCUACUACAUCAUCUUCUUCUUCCUCUGUAACUCAGUUUCUCUCACAUGUUCUUCAUCAUCUCUCUCUCUUCACUUCCCUCUCACAUCUCUCCAUCUCUCUCCAACCACAAACUCUUCUUUCACAACAUCUCUCCUCUCUCGCCGGAACCCGUCGUCGUCGUACACUUUCCGGUCAAACGUCAAGUACUCAAUGGCUCUAGUCAUCUCUCUCCCCAUAGGAACACCAUCUCAGUCUCAAGAGCUUGUUCUUGAUACGGGAAGCCAACUCUCAUGGAUCAAGUGCCAUCCCAAGAAAAUCAAGAAACCAAUAACGACGUCGUUUGAUCCUUCUUUGUCUUCUUCCUUCUCUGACUUGCCUUGUUCUCAUCCUCUUUGUAAACCACGAAUUCCCGAUUUUACCCUUCCCACUUCUUGCGACUCGAACCGUCUCUGUCACUAUUCUUACUUCUACGCUGAUGGAACCUUUGCUGAGGGUAAUCUCGUCAAAGAAAAGUUUACUUUCUCUAAUUCCCAAAUUACCCCUCCUUUGAUUCUUGGUUGUGCUAAAGAGUCUACAGACGAGAAGGGUAUUUUGGGAAUGAAUCUUGGUCGUCUCUCUUUUAUCUCGCAAGCGAAGAUUUCUAAAUUCUCUUACUGUAUCCCAACCCGGUCGGACCAGUCCGGUUUAGCUUCAACCGGUUCGUUUUAUCUCGGUGAUAACCCGAAUUCACGUGGUUUCAAAUACGUCUCUCUUUUGACUUUUCCUCAGAGUCAACGCAUGCCGAACCUAGACCCUCUGGCUUACACAGUACCUUUGCUCGGUAUCAGAAUCGGACAAAAGAGACUCAACAUACCCGCUUCUGCUUUUAGACCCGACGCUGGCGGGUCGGGUCAAACCAUGGUGGAUUCGGGUUCUGAAUUUACCCACUUAGUCGACGUGGCGUAUGAUAAAGUCAAAGAAGAGAUAGUGAGGCUUGUGGGAUCAAGAUUAAAGAAAGGUUACGUGUACGGUUCAACGGCUGACAUGUGUUUCGAUGAGAACAUCGGACGGUUGAUAGGAGAUCUUGUGUUUGAGUUUGGGAGAGGUGUCGAGAUCCUCGUUGAGAGACAGAGACUUUUGGUUAACGUUGGAGGUGGAGUACACUGCGUUGGGAUCGGACGGUCGAGCAUGCUUGGUGCAGCUAGUAACAUAAUCGGGAACGUUCAUCAGCAAAAUCUUUGGGUUGAGUUUGAUGUGACCAAUAGGAGAGUUGGUUUCAGUAAAGCCGUGUGUAGCAGAAUAUCGCCGUGAAUAUUCGUCUGUGGUCGUGCGUAUGGUGUGAGAAUUGUACCGGAUAAUGAUCAUCGUUGGAUGAUGUUUGAUCGUACGGUGUAUAUUAAAUAUUACAUCAGUUUUGGAAAACUGGGAUUUGUGGGUCUGUCUCUUUAGGAAGAAGGACAUCUGUCUGAAGCAAAACUUGUCAUCUUUAUUUGGCUCUCAUGGAACUAUGUAUCAAUGUAAUGAUGUAUGUAUGUAACUAUAAUAAUAAUUAAAGGAGUUGAUAUGUGUUAAUUACUA